UUUAAAGUAAAUCACACAAUAAUGAAAAAAUUCAAAAGACUUAAUAAUUAGUAUCAAACUAUCAAAUAUUCAAAUCGUAGAAGAAAGAACUACAUUAUUAAUCUAAGUUUAACAAAAUUAUUCCAAAAUGAAUGUUCUUCUACAGGGGAUGAAAAAUUUAGUACUCAAUAAAUCACUGGGAGAAACGACUAGAAGUAUGGCAUCGCUUUAUCAGAUGCACAAAACUGGCCCUCACAAAAAACCAAUGUUCAAACGGAAUCCGUUGGGUGACAAUCCAUUUUUAAAAGGUGUUAUACUCAAAACAUUGAUAAGAAAACCUAAGAAACCAAAUUCGGCCAACAGAAAGUGUGUCUUGGUGCGACUGAGUAAUGGCAAGGAAAUGAUUGCUUAUAUACCYGGUGAAGGGCAUAAUCUACAAGAACACAACGUAGUUUUAGUGCGCAACGGGCGGUGUAAAGAUUUGCCYGGUGUAAAAAUAACUUGUGUUAGAGGAAAAUUUGAUUUACCACAUGUUGUGAAAAAAACACAAACAAAUUCUUAGAUUGAAUAAUAUUAGAUCAUUUUUGUUUUUAAGGUUUUUCUGUACAAUA